AAAAUUAUUUUAUUUACUUUUAGAUGCUGCUGCCUCUGGGGAUUGUGGUCGUGGAGCUAUAUCAUUUAAAUCUUGCCCAGGACUUGGUGGUAACACUCCGCCUGUAUGUAAUGGCUAUAUUAAAGAUGUACCGAGACCUGAACAUUUCAAAUAUUGCAGAAGAGUUGCUUCGGGUGGGGCAGCCUCUUAUUGGUGUUGUCCUUGGUAAUUUGGGAAGAUACCAAAAGUAUAAUAAGGAUAAUAAUAUUGCUGAUUUAUCCGCAGAGAAAUGA